AAUUGAGUUUUGAUUCUUCCGGAUUGGAGAGAAGACGUUCGUGAAGAAAACAUCGCAUAUUCGCUGGCAUUGUACAGAAAUUUUGGAAAAGCAGACACUUGGCCAUAAUGUUGAACAAUAUGAGGGCAAAGCGUAUGAACGGUCUGCACUUGACCGGGACCAGCCUUGGCCCGAUGGCCAGAUUACCACCCAAAUAUUCCGAUGAAGAUUGGGACUUCAAUAAUAAGGUCAAGCUUCGCAUAACAUGUGAUCAGGAACGAAUGGCCGAACGCAUAAUGGAGGAAUCGCGUCGUGUGAUGGAUGAUGUCAAUGAUACCACCCGGAAUUGGCAACGAGAGGUUGAACAUCAGAUGCGGGAAAGAGCGAGCGAAAUUCGUUUCCUUCUAGACGAACUGAAUAAGCAGAAAAAAACUGCUCUGCUGGAGGAUGAAGCUUUGAAUACAUACCGCAUGCGGAUUUUGAAUGCCAUCGGAUUUCUUAAGGAGAAAUCGUUGGCCAUUUGUCAACGCUGCUUGGUAUUACGCGAGGGCCGUCUUGGUGUAGAUCUUUGCGAGGAUGAGGUCGAUCGCUCUCUACGCUGCGAAUUGAAGGUUAUCAAAGGCUGCCAGUGUCUGAUGGACAAAGCUCUGAAAGAAACCAAUGAGCAAUUGCGAAAAUUGCGGGCCACCAUGUAUUUGUUAGACAAAGAUCUGGCGCAAAAGGAUCGGUCUCUAUUAAUCGAUGAGAAAAAUUUGACCUUAAGAGGAAACCAACGAGAUGUGGGUGGUGGCGAACUGGCUCAUCAUCAUUGCCAAUAUUCUCUGAGUGAAUGGCAACAUACAACUUACAAAAAUUUGGAAAAUAAUGCCAGGGAGUUGAACUCCGCUGCUCAACUAAGAGCCUAUGUCGAUUUGUUACUUAAACAAGUCUGCGAGGAUAUGCAAAAUCAAACAGAUCGCACCAACGAAGCCUUUGCUCGACGCAUCGCAGAGCAGAGACAUGUGAAGAAUUGUUUGGAGAACAAGCAUAGUGACACCAUGAACCACAUCCAUGAAGUACAACAGAAUCUUCAAAUGCUCGACAAGGAGCUGUGUGAUAAGAAUAGAGCUCAACAAUUGUGUUUGGCUCGCUUGGGCAAUCGUGCUACACGUCCUGGCGUUGAGUUGACUUGUGACGAAGUUCAAGAUGCUCUCUACCACGAGUUGGAAGCUUUGAAGGCUUCUCUAUGCAAAUUAAACAAUAAGGUGCAGGAGAAUAAGGCAUCAUUGCGUUACUUGAUGCACGUCCAAGUUAUGCAGGAAGAGGAAAUUAACAUUAAGGCAAAUUCGAUUAAAAUUGAUGAGGUGGAUUGCAUGACAAUACGUCAGGCAUUAAAAUACCAAUCGUUUUAAAUAAUCCCAUAGCACGCACUCAUUAGAUUUUUAAUGAUGGUCAGUGGAUGGACAAAAAAAAUAAUAAAUGUUAAAAUUUGCAAUCGAUUACUCAA